GUCUGCUGCUCUCAUUCACUUUUGGGCUCAUUAACUGACGCGCACGGAGACACCAUCCACGAAGCUCCGCUCUGCCUUGCUUACCGAGUCUCUCGGCACUUCAUCCAUCCACACUGAAGAAUAGUUACUUCGUCACUCUCGCCCGACUUCUCACCUCCUCGCAACAACUGCGGGCAUGCAACGCGGAUACCAUCACAACCAUUCGUCUCCAUGGACAAGCUGCUUCCACUUGUACAAAUGCACUUUAUAUCUAUUUAUCCUUAGUCUGGAACUGAGGACGGCCGUUUCAGAGCCCCAUGACCCGGACGUCUUCGCCUUCUACCACAAGGGGACCCAGGGCUGCCUGGGUCUCCGGGACUCGGUCCUGCACGUGUCGCCGGACUGCGAGGGCAGCGGCCAGCAGUGGAAGUGGGUGUCCCGCCGGCGGCUGUACAACGUGGGGUCCUCGCUGUGCCUGGGCCUGGUCGCCGGCAACAGCAGCGAGCUGGUGCUGGGCACGUACCGCUGCGACCGCGAGCGCUGGAGCUGGAACUGCAAGCAGGUGCUGGAGAUCCUCGACCACUACGUGCCGUCGCCCCAGGCCCCCGCUCCCACCGCCGCCGCCGCCGCCGCCGCCGCCACCCCGGAGCCCACCCAGCCGGCGCCCGCCGAGAGGCAGGGCUGGGCGCUGCACGGCGAGGAGCAGAACCUGUGCGCCAAGUCGCACCGCGACAUUUACACUAUCCAAGGUAACUCACAUGGCCGCCCCUGCAACUUCCCCUUCCUCUACGAUGGCCAGUGGUUCCACAGCUGCACGGGCAUUGGGCGUGAGGAUGGGCACCUGUGGUGUGCCACCACCUACGAUUAUACCCAGGACGAGCGCUGGGGCUUCUGUCCUAUCAAGAGUGAUGGCUGCGAGACCUUUUGGGACAUUGACCCGCUGACCAAAAACUGCUACCAGUUCAAUUUCCAGUCCACGUUGUCCUGGAACGAGGCGCGUGUCAGCUGCCAGCAGCAGGGGGCAGACCUGCUCAGCAUCACGGAGCUGCACGAGCAGACCUACAUAAACGGUCUCUUAACUGGGUACAGUGCUUCACUGUGGAUGGGCCUGAAUGACUUGGACAUGAACGGGGGCUGGCAGUGGGCGGAUAACUCGCCACUGAAGUUCCUGCACUGGGAGUCAGAUCAGCCGAACCACAGCGAGGAGGAGAACUGCGCGGUGAUCCGCACCGAGACGUCCGGCCGCUGGCAGAACCGCGAGUGCGGCGCGGCCAUGCCCUACGUCUGCAAGAAGAGGCCCAAUGCCACGCUGGACCCUUUCAGCACCGACUCGUGGUCGGACGACGUCCGUAGGGAGUGUGACGUGGGGUGGCAGGCCUUCCAGACGGGCUGCUACAGGCUGACGGCGGAGAAGAAGGACUGGGAGGAGGCCCAGAAGACCUGCCAGAGGACGGACGCCAACCUGAUCAGCAUCCACACGCUGCCCGAGCUGGAGUUCGUCAUCCGCAACCUGAAGAAAGACGUGGACGAGCUGUGGAUCGGGCUCCACGACACCAAGAUGCAGAUGAACUUCGAGUGGUCAGACCGCACCCCCGUCAUCUUCACCUACUGGCACCCCUUUGAGCCCAAUAACUUCCGCAACACCCAGGAGGAUUGCGUUACGCUCUGGGGUCCGGAUGGGCGCUGGAACGACAGUCCCUGUAAUCUGUCCCUGCCUUCCAUCUGUAAGAAGCAGGCUCAGAAGAUUGAAGGCACACAGGACCAUGGCUGCAAAACGGGCUGGAAAUGGCAUAGUCCUUCCUGCUACUUUGUGGGCGAGGAGUCGAUGCCAUAUGAGGAAGCAAGGAAAGCAUGCAUGGCUGAUGAGGCCACCCUUGUAACUGUCACCAACAGGUUUGAGCAAGCCUUUGUGAGUAGCCUGGUGUUUGGACGGGUCGAUGAUUACUUCUGGACAGCCCUGAAUGACCAGAACAACACUGGCACCUUCCACUGGCUCAGUGGUGAUGAGGUCACCUUCACAAACUGGAACCGAGACCAACCAGGACUGGACAAAGGUGGCUGUGUUGCCCUGGCAACAGGCUUUGCCACAGGACUGUGGGAGGUCAAAGACUGCUCCACCCGGGCCAAAUUAAUUUGUCGCUCAAACCUGGAUGCGUCCCUGAGCCCCGAACCACCUGCCCCGCUCCCCACACCGAGCCUGACGGGAACCUGCCCCCGCGGAUGGAAGAGCAGCAGCACCUUGCGCCAUUGCUACAAGGUCUACCACUCUUCCCAGGUGGGCGAGAAACUCAGCUGGCUGCAGGCUAACCUCUACUGUAAGAAACACGGCUCCCAUCUGCUCAGCAUCACCAACUUCGAGGAGGACCAGUUUGUCUCACAGAUCCUCCACGAGACGUUUGGGGAGUCAGAAGACUUGGAGCAGCACUGGUUAUGGAUUGGGCUGAACCGUAGGAACCCUAUGAACAAGGGCAGCUGGAAGUGGAGCGACGGGCUUGGAUUCUCCUACCACAACUUUGGCCAUUACUACUAUGAGCAGGAUAUUGGCCAGUGUGCAGUGGCUGACCUGGGAUCCAUGCAGUGGUCAGCAAUGCAAUGUGAGACCGAGCUCGACUGGAUCUGCAAGAUCCCCAAAGGAACUGAGGAGAAGGAGCCAGAGGUUGAAGAAGACUCAAGCAGUAAGGAGUGGGUGACGUUCCAGCAGGCGGAUUAUAAGUUCUUUGAUCACAGCUCUACCUGGUACCAGGCCCAGCGCAUCUGCUCCUGGUUUCAGUCCUCCCUGGCCUCCGUGCACUCCCCUGAGGAGCAGAGCUUCCUCACUCAGCUCACGCGUAAGCUGUCCAAAGUCGCAGGCCAGCAAUGGUGGGUGGGUCUGAACACCAAUGAAAAUGAUGGGCGUUUCCGAUGGUCCGACCACUCUGUGCUCAAUUAUGUGUCCUGGGCCCCAGGCAGACCACGCCCAGUCAGCAGGGACCGCAAGUGUGUUUCCAUGACAGCCACCAGAGGGGAAUGGAGUGACCAGAAGUGCCACACAGAUCUGCCCUAUGUCUGCAAAAGAGUCAACGUCACAGCCACCCCUCCGCCUACCCCUGCGUCCCCUGUCCCGCCUGGGGGCUGUCCUGAUGGGUGGACUCCCUUCCUCAACAAGUGUUACAUGAUCCAGGGGUACCAGGAGUCCGGCCGGGUCACCUGGGAAGCAGCCAGGGCAACAUGCAAGUCUCAGGGAGCCAGCCUUGCAUCCGUGUCCAGUUACUUGGAGCAGGCCUUCAUCACCACUCAGCUGUACAACGUCGGCUUCGACCUGUGGAUGGGGCUGGCGGACUCAGAGAGCCACUUCCAGUGGGAGGAGCGAGGGCCCCUCACUUACACCAACUGGGGCCCGGGGGAGCCUCAGGGACACAAAGACCUGCUCUCCAAGCCUCUGCAGGUGAACUGCGGGGUGGUGCUUCACGGGAACCCGGAGAGGAACGCGGGCAUGUGGGCCGCGCGCAGGUGCGAGCUGGAGAAGCACGGCUUCGUCUGCCAGAAGAGCAAAGACCCGGCGUUGCCCGCGGGGCAGGACGCCCUCCCCCCAUCCGCGCAGGACCUCCAGUUCGGCCGGGUGUCUUACCGCCUGCUGAAGAAGCGCCUGGAUUGGACGGGGGCGCUGCACGUGUGCAGGUCCCUCAACGCCACGCUGGCCACCGUGCAGGACCCCUUCCAGCAGGCCUACCUCACCCUGCUCAUGAGCAGCCAGAGGAGUCACGCCUGGAUCGGCCUCUACAGCGACAGGGGCCGGAGCUACUCCUGGCUGGGUAUGGAUCAGUUGGCCUACAGCGACUGGCGGGAGGGGGAGCCCAGCCACUCGGCGGGCUGCGGCUACAUGACCCAAGAGGGCCAGUGGGCUACAGUUUCAUGUGAAGAAAAAGUGAACACCGCCAUCUGUCAGAUCAGCUCAGAUAAUCAGACGGUCAUUCCCGGGGACUGCCCUCAACUCCUGGACAACAUGAAUUGGGUGCAUUUCCGCAACGAAUGUUACUCCUUCAACCUCCACAAGGUCAUGCUUCACCACGAGGCCGCACACUUCUGCCGGGGAGCUGGUUCUGACCUUCUGUUCAUCCAUGAUGAGACGGAGAAUGGCUUUGUGUGGGAGCAUAUUGAGAGCUACCAGGAACAAGCCCCAGGAGCCUGGCUGGAGAUGGGCUAUAAAGGGGGCAGUCCGAUGGGGCUCGAGGAUACCCAGGUGGCGUACGCAAACUGGGAGGUGCAGGACACUAACCUGAGCGUGCUGCCAGCCAAGACAUGCAUUUGGAUCCAGAGCAGCACGGGCCUGUGGACAACGGACCUGUGCAACGCCACCUAUGGCGUCAUCUGCAGGCGGAGCCAAAGUGAGCCUCCGCUUCCUGUGGUUUGGAAGCCCGAGUACCAGCCGACCGUGCUGGUGGUCGUGGUGACCGCGCUGCUCUUGGUCCUCCUGGUCGCGGGGGGGAUCUACCUUUACCGCCGGCGCGCCGCGGCCGCCCAGGGGUCCUUCGAGGGGGCGCGCUACAGCCGCACCAACUCCAACCCCUCGGAGCAGACGGAGAAGAACAUCCUGGUGUCCGACAUGGAGAUGAACGAGCAGGGCGAGUAGCGGGGGGCGGAAGGACACGCCGUGGAGAGGUACAGACACGCGGGAUGGACAGACUGACUAUUUUAUAGUUUUUUUUUUGGUUUUUUUUUUUUGGAAGACUGUGAGGCUGUGCAGAGCAUGGCGGACGGCAGUCUUGAACGGACACCGAAACCCCUCACCCGGCCUCGUGCCCCCUGGCUGCCAACGAAACGUCCACGGACGCUCCCCCCUCCCCGCUACGCCCAAUCAGAUCCUACGUCCGACGAUGGGUUACGCAUUGCCCUUCUUCCUUUACUUCACUGCCAUUCAGCAGACAUUCCCGUCCGGAGGAACUUGCAAUGCAAACAAAAGUGGAAAGAUCAGGUCUCAAAGUGCAGUAAAUCCCUCCCUAGUGAGGGAAGUAUAUUCCCAAAGAGAGUCAUGUGAACAUACACUAUUCUGUACGUAAAGGAGAAAUUCACCCCUAGACUAAAUUUUUUUUUUUUUGGUGAAUGAUAAUACCAACACACAAAGUAGGAUAUGUGUAAUAUCUCUCUUAACAAGAAAAGAUUUAGACAAAUUACUCCUAAGGACAUAUGUGAGCAGAACAGUCUUCAAGUAAGUGUAUGUGCAUCGACGUUCAUGCACUCACCUACAUUAAUCAUCUUUAAGUGUAUUUGGGUACUUUCCUUCUGUCGGUACAGUUUUCCUGUCUUUUAAACUUUACCUUGAAUGAGGGCAUUUGCCGUGUGGAAGUUUCAAAUAACAAAUUACACCAUUUUCAUGCUGACCUUGCCUCAAACUCCCAUAGUUCCUUGUAUAGUCAUUUCCUGUUAUGCCUGAGGUCUCGGUGAAAGAAACGCUUGACGAGACAGGAUUGUAUUAGAAUGCCGAAUUGGAAGGCCAGUUUUGCCAAGUACAACAGGACUUCAAAAAGGUAACUUGCUAAACUAUUUACAACUUGCAAAAAGGAAUAUAGCUGUAUUUGAUAAGAUUACUACCAUAAUAAUUACCGCCUGAAAAAAUAUAUGUACAACUUAAUUGAGGUGAAUUUUUCUUUUUAACUCCUCUUAUGCAGUCCUGUUUACUUAUAGAAUUCCCACUCAUCUUGUAGAUUGCUUUAAAGCACAACUCGAGAUCUUUGUUUCAGUUUUGUGCAUUGCAGUAAUUCUGAGACACUAAAGUCAGAUAUUCAGCCACAUCAUUCAGUCACGUCAUGACCUGGGACUGAAGCAACUGUUGUGGGUUUCAUACAAUGAGGAAAUGGAAGCAUCACAAAUCUGGCUGCUUGUGUAUCACAAUACUGCCUUGAAUGAAUCUCCUUUAUUUUGACAGUCAUUAGGCAAUUGUAGACUGCUUGAAAAUGUAUCUGUACUGAGUGAGGGAUUGUCUGUACUCAGUUUGUGUGUGCUUAGUGAGAGAGUCUGGAGUGACAGAGUAUGUUUACCCUGGGUGAGAGAAUGUCUGUAUUAGUACUAAGUGCGGAUGUGUUUACGCUGAAUGAGUGCUUUUGGCCGGAAUGAGUGUGUUUGGAAUGAGUGAAUGUGUGCCUGUAAUACACCUGGGUACAGCUAAUUUCUGCUGAAAAACUGGAUGGGACCAAGAGUCCCAGUGGAGUAGUGGGGCCCAACACAGAAUCGCAGAACCAGAGAUAUAUAGACAGGUUCGUGUUCUGCUGUGCAGCUCGCUGGUGGCUUCGAGUUGGACUUGGGAAGAGGUCAUGGAAACCGAUGAACCAGUCACUCUAACAUUUCAUCUUUAAUGUAUGUUAGAGUUGCAUCUCCUCUUGGGCCUUGUGAUGCGGAGUGAAAGGUGUUUUUGCGUUACGUUUAAUGUACAGUUUUAGCUGUCCACUGUGAAUACUCAUGAACAACUACGGUACAUUUUUACUUUCUCCCCACGGAGCGUCAUUUAUUGUGUUUGGCCUGUGUGUGUAGUUUUGUACAACUGGUUGACAGUGUCGUGAUCUGGUACAGCUUGUCAGAGUGAAAAGUUCAGUUAAAAGGCAUUUUCUGAUCCUAGUGUGGUACUUAAUAAGCCUGAACAAGAGCCUGCUUAGUGUAUUCUCAUAGUCACCUUGCUGGAAAUAAGGAAUAUCUGAGUUGGAUUUAAGCGUAGUUCUGUAAACUACAGAAGUGAAUUGUAGUAUGAAUUCAGAGUAGUUUGUAAUGUUGAAAAUAACAUUACAAAGAAGGAAAUUACUACACUGUAAUAAGUGUAUUACAACAUCAUAAAUGUUAACAGUAGUAGCUUUUUGUGACAGGAAGGUUUUAGAGACUAAACUGAAUUGUGUUUGAGAACUUUAGUGGCAGAUUGUUUGACACUAUAAGCUGGGGAAACAGGAGGAAUCCAUUUUCGCUGCUCUUGGCGAAUAGUAAAGUCAGGUUUGAUGAUCUUGGUUAGGAGAGACAGCCAGACGGACACAAAAUAGUAAUUCAUUAAAUAAAUUUAAAGCCUAUAAAUCAUGCAAAUUGUUUGCCCAUUCUUAUUUAGGUGUCUUCCUUGCUUAUCAUUGGAAAAAGGAUAGGAUAUUUGACUGAAUGCGUCAUUUUCCAUAAGCAGUCACAAUUUAUGCUGAAAAUCUCUUGUGACUCAUUUAGGUCAUUGAGUCUGAAGUCGGUAACGCGCAAAUGCCAACAACUAGAUUUCAUUAUUUUUCUAUUAAAUUCCAUUUUGGAGAUGUAUUACGGAGCUCCUGCGCUAUGGGAUUUUCAGAGAUUUGGCGGCUUUUCGCGGUCGAGUACGACAUUCGUACCGGAGCUUUCUCCGGCAGCUUGCGGAAUUUUGGAGAGGGACGGUCAGCAGCGGAAUGUCGGGAGAGGAGUUCACCGUCAGGUCCGUAACCAAUAAGCAGGAGGAGGAGAGGCGGAACGGGGGAUGGGG